UCUCACUGCAAACAUGAAAGCUUCAUUACUUGCUCUCUCUACACUCUCCUUGCUCCUCUUGUUGGGUAGCACUACAGAUGGAAGGAAAGACAUGGGAGAAUAUUGGAGAGAAGUCGUAAAAGAUCAGCCCAUAGAAGAAUCAAUCCAAAUUAGCCUUGGUCGUGCAGAUCCCACCAGUUCCCUCUCUAAUGAGAAAGCAGGUUGCCAUGAAGAAGAAAACUCGUUUGUUAAGGAUUUCGAACCGAGGCCUGAUGUUUCCAUUUAUACUAAUGAUCUUAAACUAGCAAAAGAUAAAUCCUUAGGGAAGGAUUUUGAGCUAAGGCCUGAUGUCUCCAUUUACGGUAACGAUGUUAAAUCAACACAAAAGAAAUCCUUUGUUAAGGAUUUUGAGCCUAGGCCAGAUGUCUCCAUUUACAGUAACGAUCUGAAACCUACAAAAGAGAAAUCUUUUGUCAAGGAUUUUGAGCCUAGGCCAGAUGUCACCAUUUACAGUAAUGAUCUUACACCUACAAAAGAGAAAUCUUUUGUUAAGGAUUUUGUGCCAAGGUCUGAUGUCUCCAUUUACAGUAAUGAUCUUAAACCUACAAAAGAUAAAUAUCUUUUUAAGGAUUUUGAGCCUAGGCCUGAUAUUUCUAUUUUCAUUAACGAUAUUAAAUCAGCAGAAGAGAAAUCCUUUGUUAAGGAUUUUGAGCCUAGGCCUGAUGUCUCCAUUUACAGUAAUGAUCUUAAGCCUACAAAAGAGAAAUCUUUUGUUAAGGAUUUUGAGCGUAGGCCAGAUGUCUCUAUUUACAGUAACGAUCUUAAACCUACAGAACAGAAAUCUUUUGUCAAGAACUUUGAGUCAGCGCUUGGUGUCACCAUCUAUGAUAACGAUGCCACCAUUUAUCAUGACUAG